UCUGUUAUCAGACGCCGGGAUGGAUUACGGACAUUACCUGGAGCUGUCUGACAGCCCGGUUCACUUCGAGAAGGUUUCGUCCGUCAACAAUGUCUUCUUCGAUGAAGCGAAUAAGCAGAUGCACUGGGCUGUCUGAACCACUUUCUGCACAAGGCAGGGUGAAGGUCAAGGUCUCUGAGCUACUUCUCAAGCCUGGAGGGAAUUAUGGUGUUGAAAGCUGAACUGUAGUCCAAGAACAGCAUUCUCACGUGUUUGCUGUUCGCUCUGGUGGUGCUACAGGUGUUGUGGUUAAAGGCCUCGAUGAUAAAGCCAGCAUCUCUUUCAGAAUGGAAGACAAAGGAGAAGUAAAGUGCAUCAAAUUUUCAUUUGGGAACAAGAUUUUAGCUGUGCAACGAACACCGAAGGCUGUGGAUUUUAUCAACUUCAUUCCUGAUCUGCCUUCAACAGAAUACUCGCAGGAAUGCAAGACCAAAAAUGCCAACAUCUUGGGGUUCUGUUGGACCAGUGCUAAUGAAAUUGUAUUUAUUACUGACCAAGGAAUUGAAUUUUACCAGGUAUUACCCGACAAGCGUGCUUUAAAACUUCUCAAGACACACAGCAUCAAUGUCAACUGGUACAUGUACUGCCCUGAAAGUGCUGUCCUCCUCCUGUCCACCACAGUGCAGGGUAAUGUCCUACAGCCAUUUAUUUUCAAGAGUGGAACAAUGACAAAAAUGCCGAAAUUUGAAAUUGAACUGCCUGUCUCUCCAAAGUCUGGGAACCCCUCUCUCUCUGACAGAGAUAUAAUAAUGGCUACUGUAUAUGGUCAACUCUACGUUCUUUAUUUGAAGUAUCAACCAAGAGCUCCUAAUAACCCUGGGGCAGAAGUAAUCAUGUAUUAUUUACCUAGGGAAGGACAGUGUAAGAAAAUGCAUAUCUUAAAACUAAACACCAUUGGAAAAUUUGCUCUGAAUGUGGUUGAUAACUUAGUUGUGGUGCAUCACCAGAGUACCCAGACCUCUAUGAUUUUUGAUAUAAAACUCCGAGCAGAAUUUGAUGGGGCUGUCACCGUUCAUCAGCAAGUCCUUCUACCUCUGUCCAUUCAUCCCUGUAAGAUUCCUCGUGCAGGUCCAUCUGCUGUGACAACACAAAGUCCCGUCCCGUGUGAACUUUAUUCUUCUUCCUGGAGUGUGUUUCAGCCUGACAUCAUUAUCAAUGCGAGUGAAGGUUAUUUGUGGUGCCUCCAGAUAAAGCUGCAACCUAUAGUACACAUGCUUCAAGACAGAGGUCGGCUGAUGGAUUUCCUUCUACAACGGAAGGACUGUAAAAUGGUCAUUUUGUCUGUGUGUUCAGAAAUGCUGACUGUCGAAAAGCGUGGGAGUUUGCCUGUGAUUGCCACUGUGUUUGAUAAACUCAAUCAAGUCUACAAAGACUAUCUGGACGCUGACCAGAACUAUACCAUGACCAUGGAGUCGGGAGCUGGCCGCAGCAGUUCUGCCCAGAAGAGGCCAGUGCGUACGCAAGCUGUCAUUGACCAGUCAGACAUGUACACCCAUGUCCUAUCUGUGUUCACUGAGAAAAAGCAGGACCUUCCUCACAAGUUUAUUAGUGCAGUUUUGAUGGAAUACAUCCGGUCUCUCAAUCAAUACCAGAUCACAGUCCAGCAUUACCUGUAUGAAUUAGUGAUAAAAACGCUUGUCCAGCACAGCCUGUUCUACAUGCUGCAUCAGUUUCUACAGUAUCAUGUACUCAGUGAUUCUAAGCCUCUGGCCUGUCUACUCCUGUCAUUGGAGAGCACUUAUGCCCCUGCACAUCAAUUGUCCCUGGACAUGCUGAAGCGGCUCUCCACAGCCAAUGAUGAGAUUGUGGAAGUGUUGCUCUCCAAACAUCAGGUACUGGGGGCGCUCAGAUUUAUUCGCAGUGUUGGCAGCCAUGACAACAUCUCAGCACGUAAGUUCCUGGAUGCAGCCAAGCAGACUGGAGAUGCACUGGUGUUCUACACCACCUUCAGGUUCUUCGAGCAGAGGAAUCAAAGGUUACGUGGAAGUUCACACUUCACCCCAGGCGAACAUUGUGAAGAACAUAUUGCCCAUUUCAAAAGUCUUUUUGGAGAACAAGCACUUCUGACAAGCUUGACUGUGUGAGCUUGGGACUAGGCGGUGUACUAUUGAAUGUUUAACUUUAUUAAAUAAAGAUAAUAAAAAUUAGCUAUACAA